CUGGGACCAUAUGAUCAGUAUAAAACACCUCUGACUCUCGCUCAUUAGCUCAAAGAUCACGGUAAGGAAACAUCAUGUUGAAGAAACUCCUACUGAGCGUUGGACUGGUGUGGUGUUUGAUCACUUUGGGACAGGCCCGCAAGGAGUCAACGGUUGAGGAAUGUGAGAAGAAUAUUCCCGCAUCAUUGAAGGAUCGUGUCUGCGAGCUCCGUCAAUACACACCGGUUAGUAGCGAUGAUAUGGACAAGCACAUGCAAUGCGUUCUGGAGGUAGUCGGAUUUGUUAACGGAAAUGGAGAAGUUAAGGAAAAUGAGCUACUAACACUAUUGCAGCGCGUCGACAGUAGCGUCGCCCAUGCCGCGAACAUGAAGAAAUGUGCAACCGAGGCGUCGACCGUAGGCAAUGCGAAGAAAGCGAACACCUUCUAUACGUGCUUCUUGGGUACAAGCUCAUCGGCCAGUUUUAAGAACGCAGUCGACUAUAAUGAACUGUUGAAGGCCGGUAAGAUGCGACUGAGUGAUCCGUUCGAUAUGAGUCGUGUUACGGCAAUGAUCAAGGAAAUUGAUGACGGUUUAUGUCCAUAGGCUGGAACAUUUUCAAUGGUAAAAGAAAUGGAGUUGUAUGGCAAAUAAAAAAAUACAUAAAAAUAAUGGUGCAUGCAAACAAAAA